AUGUCCUUGCCGACUUUUGCUUCUUGGAACGUGAGAGGAUUUAAUAGUCCUAUUAAAGUUAAUAUGUGCAAAGACCUCAUUAAGUUGUAUAACCUCAAAUUUCUGGCUAUUUUAGAAGCUAAGAUUCAGGCUUCUUUAGCUGUUGAUCCUUGGUUUGCUUUUUCUCAUAAUCUUUUUGAAAAUGAAAAAUGCUGUGAUAACUUCAAUGUCUCAUCUCCGGGCAGAAUUUGGGUUAAAUGGGACUCAUCUCUUGUCUCUUUUUCUCCUACGUUCAUCUCUUCCCAAAUUAUUCAUGGGGUUUUUGCUUCUGGCUGCUCUCCUCCUAUUAUUAUUUCUGUUAUUUAUGCUGGCAACCUUCAGGAGGAUAGGAAGGAUCUUUGGGACAAUCUGUUGAUGCUGUCUUCUGGUAUUAAUCUGCCUUGGGUCAUCUUGGGUGACUAUAACUGUUGCAGAUUUGAGCAUGAGAAAGCUGGUGGUUCUCCUUUAUUGCAAGGGAGACUUGGUGAAUUAAAUAAUUUCAUUUUUGACUGUGGUUUGCAAGAUUUGUCUUCGGUUGGGAUGAAAUAUACUUGGUUUAAUCAAAGAGUGGAUCUCCCCAUCCAUAUCAAGUUGGAUAGAAUUCUGGUUAACUCGGAUUUAUUGGAUGCUUAUCCUACUGCUUUUUACAAAGUUGAUCCUCCUGCUGGUACGGAUCAUUCACCGUUAAUCUUUAAAUCAAAAUCUGAUGAGAGGACUUUUUCCAGAUUUUUGUUUAAGAACUAUUGGCUUAACUGUGAUGAGUUUUGGGAGGUCUUACUGAAUGCUUUUGGUAAACCUUUUACUGCUAGUCCUAUAUCUGCUUUUUAUAACUAUCUGGGGGAUCUUAAAAGCAAGAUUAAAGAGAAGAGAUGGCCAUUUUCUAAUUUUCUUUCUGGUGAAAUUCUGGAAGCUAAAAAGAAUCAAAUGCAAAAUUUGAAUGAUAUUCAAACCAAUCCAUUGGAUCCUCGGCUUAAUGCCUCUCUUAAGGAUUCGAAUAAAACUUUGAGUCAUUUGCAGGCAAAUUGGGCUUCCUGGGUGACUCGAAGAUCUAAAGCCUAUUGGCUUUCUCAAGGAGAGGAUGAUCUUGGCUUUCUUUAUGCCAAGAUUAGAUCUAUAAAGAAUUUAAAUAAUAUUAAAGAGGUGGAUUCUCCUAGGGGUAGGUUAUCCUCUCACCAUGAUAUUGCUGAUGCUUUUGUGAGGUAUUUCAAGGAUCUCUUUAAUGCUCCUAUUGUUGAUGUGAGAGCUUUUAGCAACAUUCCUGUUGCUGAUAAAGUCCCUUCUCAGUAUUUGGAUUCAUUAAUUGCUCCUAUUACUGAUUUAGAGAUCAAGAAUGUUAUUUUUGCUGGUAAAGCUAGUUCAGCUCCUGGUCCUGACGGGUUCUCUUUUGCUUUUUAUCAAAAAAUUUGGCACAUCAUUGGGUAUCAUCUUUGUCUUGCGGUUAAGCACUUUUUCUCUUCUAGUUGUAUGCCUAAAAGAGCUUCUGCUACGGCUAUUACUUUGAUUCCUAAAGGCUCUCAUUCUUCUUCCAUGAAUGAUUACAGACCUAUCUCCCUUUGA